AUGUCUGAAACAACAACCACCAGUGAAGAGAACAGGAAACCUCCUCUGAAUGGGAGACGAGCCCUCCCAUCAAGCAACUCCAAUGAUGAAGAAAAUGAGGUCCCUGAGAUGGAGGCUUUUGGAUUGAUACCUAGAGGAUUUAAUCCAAAAGACUACCUGCGUGUUGUGGACAUUAAUAUGUUCAAGGAGCCCCAUGAGAUUAACAAGCAGCAGCACCACACUGACAAGUAUUACAGCCCCAAGCUGAUAGUGCGUCGGGGACAGCCUUUCCAAAUCCAGAUUGACUUCAACCGACCCUACAAGCCAGAGACAGACCAAUUCUGGCUGGAGUAUUUGAUAGGUCGCUACCCACAGCAAAACAGAGGCACCUACAUCCCAGUCCUGGUAGGUGAUGUGCUGAAACCCGGUGAGUGGGGAGCCAAGAUAACUCACAGGGAGAACAAGUCCAUUCGCCUGUCCAUCAUGUCCUCUGCCACCUGCAUCGUCGGGAAGUUCCGCCUGUACGUUGCUGUCUGGACUCCCUUUGGCAUCCUCCGGACACACAGAAAUGCAGUCAUCGACACCUACAUCCUCUUCAAUCCCUGGUGCCAGCAGGAUGCUGUGUAUCUGGAUGACGAGAAGGAAAGGGAAGAAUACGUCCUGAAUGAUGUUGGCAUUGUUUUCCAUGGAAACAUCAACGAAAUAAAAUUAAGAAGCUGGAGUUAUGGUCAGUUUGAAGAAAACAUUCUGGAUGCUUGCCUGUUCCUGAUGGACAAGGCAGAGUUGGAGCUCUCUGGGCGUGGAAACCCAAUCAAAAUCUGCCGUGUUGCUUCUGCAGUGAUUAACUCCAGGGAUGAUAAUGGUGUGAUUGCUGGAUCCUGGGACAAUACAUACAGUAACGGGGUCCCACCUUCAGCCUGGACGGGAAGCGUGGACAUUCUCUUGGAGUAUUACAGUUCUAAGCAACCUGUGCGAUAUGGCCAGUGCUGGGUCUUUGCUGGUGUCUUCAACACAUUUCUGAGGUGCUUGGGGAUACCUGCAAGACUUGUUACUACCUAUUCUUCUGCCCAUGAUAACAAUGCCAAUUUACAGCUGGACAUCAUUCUGGAUGACGAAGGGAAAGUGGACACCAAACUUACAAAAGACUCUAUCUGGAACUAUCAUUGCUGGAACGAAGCUUGGAUGACCAGACCUGAUCUCCCUGUUGGUUUUGGAGGAUGGCAGGUUGUUGAUGGGACACCCCAAGAAACCAGUGACGGUAUGUACAGGUGUGGCCCAGCUUCAGUUCAAGCCAUUAAACAUGGUCAUGUUUGCUUCCAAUUUGAUGCUCCUUUUGUCUAUGCUGAGGUGAAUAGUGAUGUUGUUUACUCAAGAAGGGAGAAAAAUGGAACCCAAGUGAUAGAAAAAAUUGACAAAACCCAUAUUGGACAGUUGAUUGUGACCAAGGAAGUUGGGGGUGAUGGAAUGCUGGAGAUUACUGAUGAGUACAAGUUUCAAGAAGGCUCAGACGAGGAGAGACUGGCUCUUGAGACAGCUGUCAUGUAUGGCGUUAAAAAGCAAACGACUCAGGAUACCAUGUAUCACCCACAGACAGAUGUUGACAUGGACUUCCAAGUGCAAAAAGCAGUCCUUGGCAGUGACUUUAAAGUCACUAUAACUUUCAGGAACAGAAGCCGCAGCUACUACACUGUGACUACAUACCUGUCAGGCAACAUAGUGUUUUAUACAGGAGUCACCAAAAAUGAAUUCAAGAAACACUCUUGCAGUGCAAAACUGGAACCCUACUCAUCUAGUGCUUUUGAUGUGGUGGUCAAAUCGAGUGAGUACCUGAGCGACCUGCUGGACCAAGCCUCCUUCCAUUUCUUUGUGACGGCCCGGAUCAAUGAAACAGGGAAGAUUCUGGCCACGCAGAAGGCAACGGUCCUGGAAAUUCCUGCCCUGAGGAUCAAGACCCAAGGUGAGAUGGUAGCUGGUAAAGAAAUGCUUGUGACUGUGGAAUUCACCAAUCCCCUGAAACAAGCCCUGGAGAACGUCACGGUCCGCCUCGAGGGACCCGGUGUGCUGAGAACAAUGAAAAAGGAGUUCAGGCAAAUCCCAAUGAACUCUUCCUUCACCUGGCAAGUAAAAUGCAUCCCCAGACGACCAGGGUUACAAAAGCUGAUUGCAAGCCUGAAUUGUGAUGCUUUGAGGCAUGUGUACGGUGAGCUGAACAUCCAGAUUCAGAAACCAUGA